AUGAAUCAAGAAACUUAUAAAAAUUUCUCAUUGGAAUUGAAAGGAUACGCUACAUACGCACAAAAAGAAAAAUAUCAGAAUGAAAGAAGAAUACAGAGACCAACGAAUAGUGACUCACUAUGUAGCAUAAAGGCUGCCACAAGAGAUCAACUAUUUGACCAAGCAGUAGAUAAUUUAGCUAAUUGUAUAGGAUUUAUGGCAAAUAACGAGGAAACAGUGUAUCAGCCAGGACAAAACCACCAGAAAAAAAACAGAAAAUCUAACAGACCAAUACUACAAAGAAUAAUAGCAUUAGAAGAGGAAGUAAAACAAAAUAUACUAUUGCUAAGCAUUCAAGGAAAAUCAGGAAUCCCAGAAACUAAGGACAAAGAAAUAAUAAAAACAGAAGAUAUAAAUCAAAUAACUAUAUUAAAAGAAGAAUCAAAGAAAAAAGACAAACUAAUCAAAGAAUUAGAAAAAGAAAGAAAAUUUACAAAAACCCAUACGAAACCAGAAAAAAGAAAUUUGGAAGAAUUAACCUCGAAUCAAGGAUUAAAGGCAUAUUGCUAG